AUGGACGAUCUCACCGCCAUCCACAUGCUCCACAUUUCCCUCCGGGCCAGUUAUUUGUAUCAGGAUUUCAUCCUCCACCCGCCGACCACUUAUGAGGAAGCUCUCCGUAGAGUGACGGAUUACGCCAAUACCGGUGAGGCGAACACCGUCAAGAGAUCCCAGGAGGUUGGGACUUCAUCCCGGAAACCCUCCGGUCGGGCGGAACAUCGAUUAGCUGACGACCAUCCCCGAUCUCGUACCUGGCCAGGAGAGUUCACGACGCUAAACCGAUCAGCGGCAAAAGCAAUGCAGUACGCCCAAUCUUGCAACCUCAUCAAGUUACCUCCUCCCGAACCAGAAGGCAGAGACAAAUCGAAGCAUUGCGCUUAUCAUCGUUGCGUCGGGCACGAUACGGAGGAGUGUACACAUUUGAAACAGCUGCUGGAAGAUUUGCUUAACUUGGGAAAGCUGGACAAAUGUGUGGGCAAAAGAGUAGAGAGCAAGAAAUAUGGUGAUCGAAGAGACCAUAGGCGCUCCCACAAUCGCUCAGAUCGUUCUGAUCGUUCGGAUUGGUCGAGUCAAGAUCGCAGAGACCCCGAGCCUCCAUCCAGUAGCCGACCGGCGGCCAAACCGACCAUUCAUGUGAUCUUCGGCGGUUUGGAAGACGCAUCCCGACCUCGGGAGAGCUGCCCGGUCGUGAUCGUAGACUCCCGUGAAACCGGGAAAAGACAAAAGAUGGAGCCUAUCACUUUCUCUUUGGAGGAUCAACCGGAGAGUGGUGACCACGGGAUUGAAGCCCUCGUGGUCACAAUUGAUAUUAUGGGGACUGAUGUCCAGAGAUUCAUGGUGGACACCGGGAGCAGUGUUAACGUCUUUUAUUUGGACGUAUUUGAGAAGGUGAAGUUGGACAAGCGCGAGCUGGUUCUGGUCGGCGGACCCUUGUCGGGAUUUAUCGGGGCCCUCAUUCGCCCCGAAGGAAAAAUUAUGCUCCCGGUCGAGAUCGGCACCCCGCCCAAAUCUGUGAAGACUGAGAUGGAAUUCGUUGUGGUCAAUCUCCAUUGUGUCCACAAUGUUAUCCUGGGCCGACCGGCCAUUAUGAAUGUCGCGGAAUCAUUUCCAUGCCGCAUUUGUGCAUGA